AUGGAGGCCGUGGCCCCCCCUUUAGGCCCGCAAAGCCCUGGCGCAAACGGCCUGUCGCCUUCGUCCUUUAUCGCAAUAGACCCAAAUUUGGUGGUAGAGUAUUUGGCCUCUGUCGUCACUAUUGCGCUGGGUGCUACCCGUAAUGAGCUUGAGAGACCCGACAACCUUCUUUCCAAAGACAACCAUGCCGAUACGAUCCAGAGGUGCAGUCGCUUUGCGACCGAUGCCCAUGUGGUUCUGUACGUUCAGAAGGACGUUAAGCCAGCUGAUACUGUCGCGGAUGAUUCGGUUGAUAGUGUCCCUGUGUCGUACACAUACACUAUUACAUCCGAGAUAGCUUCCUCGCCAACGACCAUAGCCUAUCUUGCACUGCUUAAACGUGCUCAAGCGAUCGACCCUUCACUCCCACUAUCCUCCCAAAUCCAGAUACAAACCUUGCCUGGUACGGCAUCGCUGGCUAAUCUGGUUAGCGAGCAAGGUCCGACCGCUUCCCCUUUUGAGAUACUUCAUUCUAUUCUGCAUAAUGCGCUGGCGCCAUAUUUUGAUGCCAAUACCAAGGUCUCGCAAGCAACAAACGGGUCUAGGAACCGGGCGGAUGUGGAUGCGAAGACGGGCAUUCCUGUGACCAAGAAACGAAUGACGGAGCUCGAACUGAGUUUGCUUCACCUCCAACAGAAUGUCGAGAUACCGGAACUCUCUCUCUCGUUUCAUCCGGUGGUCCAAGGGGCGUUGGAAGAUGCCACUACGCGUAGUACGCGACCGACUAUGGACUUGAUACCUCCUCACCUUCUCUCAGACAGUACCUUCAUGAAUAACCUACAGUCCACGGUAAAUAGUUGGAUUAAAUCAAUACAGACUAUCACGAAACUUACGCGAGACCCUGUGACGAGGACAGCGACGCAGGAAAUCAACUUCUGGUUGUCCAUGGAGUCUGCGCUAGAAGGGAUUGAGGCCCAGCUGAGAAGCGAGGGCGUCAUGUUGACUUUGGAGAUAUUGAAGCAUGCGAAACGUUUCCAGGCCACUGUCAGUUUUACUGCCGACACUGGAUUGAAGGAAGCUAUGGAGAUGGUGCAGAAGUACAAUCAACUUAUGCGAGACUUCCCCCUUGACGAAUUAUUGUCUGCCACUUCGUUGCCCAAGAUUCAGGACGCUAUUGGCCAAAUCUUCAGUCAUAUGAACAAGAAGAUGAGAUUUAGCAAUUAUCCCAUUGCACGAACUUUGCACUUGGUUGAAGCUAUCUCGGCAGAUCUCGAGGAGGUUAUGCAUCGUCUACUCCCAGGCUCUGAGCUUGUCGACCUUGACUACAAGGACUUCAAGAAUCUUAUGACUACUGCUGAUGAGAUAUUCAAGUCUUGGGAUGCCCAGAUCAAGGAAUUCACGAACAUUGCUCGAGAGACGACACGUAGAAGACAAGAGAGAUUCAUCCCAAUCAAGGUUAACCCGAAGCAUAGCGAGUUGCAAGCUCGACUUAAGUAUAUCGAUACCUUUCGGGAUAAUCACGAGCAGUUGCAAAGAACCAUUGUUAAUGUCCUCGGCCCGAGGGCGACUGUAAAUGGUGCCAGCGAGGAGACGGCAACAAACGGAGUUGCUCUCGUCGAAGAGAUGGGUGAUGUAGAUGCCGUCGAGGAAGUUCGACAGGCCUGGGAGGCUUUGAAGCAUGUGGACUUACUCGACGUUUCCCCCGAAGGUACUCAGAGAUGGGUCAAGGCGGAAAAUACAUACAACGAACGUACUUCACGGGUGGAAAACUCAAUCAUCGCCAGACUCCGUGAUCGCCUUGCCACCGCGAAAAAUGCGAAUGAGAUGUUCCGCGUUUUCUCUCAGUUCAACGCCCUCUUUGUGCGACCAAAGAUUCGGGGUGCCAUCGCCGAAUAUCAAAACCAGCUCAUUGACAAUGUGAAGCAGGCUAUUUCUGGACUCCACGAGCGAUUCAAGCAGCAGUAUGGCCACUCUGAAGCUCAUGCCAUGGCUCAACUCCAUGAUCUGCCACCAGUCUCUGGCGCUAUCAUUUGGGCACGCCAGAUUGAGCGGCAAUUGGAUAAUUAUAUGAAGAAAGUUGAAGACAUCCUUGGCUCGGACUGGGCCCUUCAUACUGAGGGUCAAAAGCUUCAAACUGAGAGUGAGCUGUUCAGAAAGAAACUCAAUACGCAAAUGAUCUAUAAAGCCUGGAUUGAGGAUGUUCAACGCAAACAAAUAAAUAUAUCUGGCCGCCUCUUUAAUAUCAACAAGGUCAGAGCUGCCAACAACGCCCUGGACCUCUCGGUAAACUUUGAUGCCCAGAUCAUCGCAUUAUUCAAAGAGACCCGUAACCUUGGCUGGCAAAACUUCAACGUCCCUCACGCCGUAAGUAAUGUCGCGAAGGAGGCCAAGAGAGUGUACCCAUACGCCGUUAGCUUGAUGGAAAGUGUGAGAACAUUUGCGCAGACAACCCGACAGAUAUCGGAAUUGCCCGAAGUCUCCAUUCUAUUAAGCGGUUACCAGAAUGAUGUUCAUGUUCUGAUUGCCAAGGGCAUUCCUUUGAAAUGGGAAACUUUUGUCAACACCUGGGACUCGUAUCAGAAACCAUCACUUGCUAAUGGCAGCCUUGACCAUACACUUACUCGUGGUGGUGAAACCAAGCACGUUCUCUUUGUCCGAGAAUUUGCUGCGGCCGCUUCCCUCCUCCAAACGAAAACCGUCACACUUGCAAACAUACACCUAAAUGUCCAAAAGGCCCUGGCAGAACUAGCAACUUGCCCAUACGAAGCAUCUGAGUUUGCAGCUCGUCUGCAGACAAUCCAAGCGGCGGUUGAUCAACUGAAUUUGGAGCAAUACGUGAAUCUUGGGUUUUGGGUGGAGAGGAUGAACGAACGAAUCAAGUUAACUCUACUUACCCGUCUUCAGCGUGCUGUAUCGACGUGGAUCGAAGCCUUCGAGGACGAUACACCCAUUGAACGGCUUGAGAGUAGCCGAAGAAAGCAGUUAGCCCCAUCAGGGGAAGCGCUUAAGUCGGACGCACCUGUCAUGAGACAUUUGAUCCACGAAAUUACCAUGAGGAACCAAGUCAUCUACCUUGAUCCACCUCUCGAGUUUGCGAGAGCUAGCUGGUUCUUGCACCUGCAUAACUGGAUUGGUAUUGUCUGUAAUCUUCCCAAAAUCAAGGCCUCUAGAUACCAGAUGAGCUUGACCUUGAGUACUGUUGUUCACGAGGAAGCUCGCUUCAAUGACUUACCCAGCGACUGUACUGAUAUACUUGGAAGAGUCUAUACCUCUGUCGAGACGAAGCUGCAAGCUAUCAGCGAGUAUGUUAACAAGUGGUUGCAAUUUCAAUCGCUCUGGGAUCUACAAUCUGAACAGGUCUACGAACUUCUGGGUGACGAGCUUCCCAAAUGGCUUCAGUUAUUACAAGAGAUUCGAAAGUCUCGUGCAACUUUUGACACCACCGAAGUUAGCCGUUCGUUUGGUCAUAUCACCAUUGACUACGAGCAAGUGCAAAUGAAAGUCAAUUCCAAGUAUGAUCAAUGGCAACAGGAGAUAUUGGCGAAAUUUGCUGCACGGCUUGGCAAUCGUAUGAGAGAAGUCAAUGCAGAGAUUGAGAAGUCUCGGAGGGACUUGGAAGGGCAAAGUCUCGAAGCCACUUCCACUGCGCAAGCAGUCCAGUUCAUCACCAUAGUCCAAAGCUGCAAGCGCAAAGUCAAGGCCUGGGCCCCUGAAGUUGAGACUUUCCGUCAGGGCCAGUCUACACUUCUCCGAAAUCGAUAUAGUUUUCCGAACGACUGGGUAGAUGUCCAACAAGUUGACUCAACAUGGGAGGCCCUUAACGAGCUGUUGAAUAGGAAGGCGAAGAUCGUUCAGGACCAGACUGACGCCCUGAAGGCCAAAAUAGUGGCAGAGGAUAAAGUGGUAAUGGAUAAGAUAUCGGAGAUCGCUACGCAGUGGAACGAUGAAAAGCCCGUUUCAGGAACGAUUGCCCCUGACAUCGCGUCUGCGACCCUCAGUUCUUUCGAAACGCGCAUUACAAAGUUGCAAGAAGAGUCUGAUAUGGUAUCAAAAGCCAAGGAAGCGCUUGACCUUCCUGCGAGCCCCGAAUCUUCUCUUUCCAUCAUAUUGGAGGAAGUACACGACUUCAAGUCUGUUUGGUCAGGCUUGUCAACGAUAUGGAAGAGCUUAAAUGAGCUCCGCGAGACUUUAUGGGGCAGUGUUCAGCCUAGGAAGAUUCGCAGUAGCAUUGAUAGCCUCAUCAAGAUGACUAAAGAUAUGCCCAGCAGGAUGCGACAGUAUGCCGCUUUUGAGCAUAUUCAAAAUAUCCUGCGACAACUUUUGAAGGUGAAUACUUUGCUAGGUGACCUGAAAUCAGAAGCGAUUCGAGAUCGACACUGGACAAAAAUAUGGAAGGAAAUCAAGCCCGGGCGGCGAUAUUCGCCGGUGUCUAUGACACUUGGAGAUGUCUGGGACCUUAACCUAGUCGCCACUGAAGUCAUUGUCAGAGAUAUCAUCACUCAAGCUCAGGGUGAGAUGGCAUUGGAGGAGUUCUUGAAACAAGUGAAAGAGACCUGGAAUAGUUACCAGCUGGAUCUUGUGCCGUAUCAGACCAAGUGCCGUCUCAUCCGUGGUUGGGAUGAUCUUUUUGCGAAAUGUAGCGAGAAUCUAAAUUCACUACAGGCCAUGAAGCACUCGCCUUACUACAAAGAGUUUGAAGAGGAAGCCUCAUCUUGGGAAGACAAGCUCAACCGUGUUCAUGUAUUAUUCGACGUGUGGAUCGAUGUUCAACGCCAAUGGGUAUAUCUAGAAGGUGUUUUUACCGGAAAUGCUGAUAUCAAGCAUCUUCUACCUAUUGAAUCCUCAAGGUUCCAGAACAUCAACAGCGAAUUUAUGGCCGUUAUGAAAAAGGUUUACAAGCAGCCAAUGGUCAUGGAUGUUUUGGGGAUUACCGGAGUCCAGAAGUCUCUAGAACGCCUUGCCGAGUUGCUCAACAAGAUACAGAAGGCUCUUGGUGAAUACCUCGAAAAGGAGAGAGUGUCGUUCCCACGUUUUUAUUUCGUCGGCGACGAGGACCUUCUUGAAAUGAUCGGUAAUAGCAAUGAUACUCUACGCAUUGCUAAGCACUUCAAGAAGAUGUUCGCCGGGUUAAAUGGGCUAGUCAUGGAUGACGAAUCAGUUAUCUCAGGCUUUACAUCUAAAGAAGAUGAGGUUGUGCGCCUCAAGAAAGAGAUUUCACUCGCAAAGGUUCCUAAGAUCAAUGAUUGGUUGGCUUUGUUGGAGAAUGGCAUGAAGGCUACACUGGCUGAGCUUCUUGCUGAAGCCGUCGAGGCAUACACACCUAUAUUUGAGUCGGGUGAGAUUGACCCAAAUGCGCUGAAUGAUUUCAUGAGCGGAUUUCCCAGUCAGAUCGUGGUGCUUGCUACCCAAGUGGCCUGGACGACAGCAGUCGAGCUCUCGUUAAAUAACGGGGGUUCUACGCUACAAUCUCUCUUUGAGCGAGAAGUUCAGGUACUUCGGCUUCUCGCUGAGACAGUCCUCGGCGACUUAGAGGUGAUUCAGAGGAAGAAAUGCGAGGCUCUCAUCACGGAAUGCGUUCAUCAGCGAGAUGUGAUUGAAAAACUCGUGAAACUCAAUGCCACUACACCAACUCACUAUAUGUGGCUAUUGCAAAUGCGAUACGUCUACGCACCCGAAGGAGACUACUUGCAGCGUCUUCAAAUCAAGAUGGCAAAUGCAAAGCUCGCCUAUGGCUUCGAAUAUCUGGGUGUUCCCGACAGGCUGGUCCGAACUCCCCUCACCGAUCGUUGCUUCGGUACACUUACUCAAGCUCUCUGCCAACGACUUGGUGGUUCUCCAUAUGGACCUGCUGGUACCGGAAAGACCGAGUCUGUCAAAGCUCUUGGUGUGCAACUGGGUCGCUUCACUCUAGUAUUUUGCUGUGACGAUACUUUCGAUUUCCAAGCCAUGGGCCGAAUUUUCCUUGGUAUCUGCCAAGUCGGUGCCUGGGGUUGUUUCGAUGAAUUCAAUCGUUUGGAGGAGAGAAUUUUAUCAGCAGUCUCACAGCAGAUUCAAAAUAUCCAACUUGGUCUUAAACAAGGCAUGGAGGAUGACAAGGCCCAAAUCGAAUUGGUCGGCCGCCAGCUUCAUGUAAAUGCCAACACGGGAAUAUUUAUCACGAUGAACCCCGGUUAUGCCGGUCGUUCCAACUUGCCUGACAACCUGAAGAAGCUGUUCCGUAGCGUCGCUAUGUCAAAGCCGGAUAAGGAACUCAUCGCCGAAGUCAUGCUUUACUCUCAAGGCUUCAACCAGGCCAAACAGCUUUCAAAGCAAACCGUCCCGUUCUUCGAUCAGUGUUCCGCAAGACUGUCUAAGCAGGCACAUUAUGACUUUGGUCUUCGUGCUCUGAAGAGUGUGCUUGUUAGCUCGGGUGGCCUCAAACGUGCCCGGCUCACAAACAGCGACGGUAAUAUUGGUGCCGAGGAAGUUGUUGAACCUGAAAUCAUUGUGCAGAGUGUUCGGGAAACUAUUGCACCUAAGCUAAUUCGAAAUGAUGUCGAUGUCAUGAUGGCUAUUGAAUCGGACUGCUUCCCAGGUGUUCAGUAUGUCCCAGCCAAUCUAGCAAAACUUGAGGACGCUAUUCGUCGUCUAGCAUCAGAAAGACACCUCGUAGUCAACGAUAUCUGGAUGACUAAGGUCCUUCAGCUCUACCAGAUCCAAAAGAUUCACCACGGUGUCAUGAUGGUGGGUAAUUCGGGGACCGGCAAAUCUGCUGCAUGGAGGCUCCUCCUAGAUGCGCUCCAGCAAGUUGAGGGAGUCGAAGGCGUCUCUCAUGUCAUUGACUCGAAAGUCAUGUCAAAAGAGGCACUGUACGGAAACCUGGACUCAACCACCAGAGAAUGGACUGAUGGUCUAUUUACGAGCAUAUUACGAAAGAUUGUGGAUAAUCUCCGUGGUGAGGAUUCUAAACGUCACUGGAUUGUAUUUGAUGGUGAUGUCGACCCCGAAUGGGUAGAGAACUUGAACAGUGUCCUCGAUGACAACAAAUUACUCACUCUGCCUAACGGUGAGCGUCUCAACUUACCAGCAAAUGUCCGAAUCAUGUUCGAAGUCGAGACUUUGAAGUAUGCCACACUGGCAACUGUCAGUCGAUGUGGUAUGGUCUGGUUUAGCGAAGACACUGUCACCUCAAGCAUGAUGGUCACCAAUUACCUAGAGACUCUCAGAACUGUGGCAUUCGAAGAUCUGGAUGAAGAUGCUGCUGCCGCUGGCCAAAGCCCCGCGAAGGCUCUUCAAAUUCAAAGCCAAGUUGCCGAUCUGCUGAAUGCUUACUUAACCACGGAUGACUUCAUUCUCGCGGCCCUCAAGCAGGCUGAAUCUUAUAAUCAUAUCAUGGAGUUCACCGUCGCUCGUGUCCUCACUACUCUAUUCUCUCUGCUGAACAAGUCAGUCCGAGAUAUAAUCGAAUAUAAUGCAGCCCAUGUUGAUUUCCUUCUGGAUCCCGAGCAGAUCGAAGCAUAUGUUUCUAAGAAGCUAUUGCUCGCUUUAGUCUGGGCUCUAACCGGCGAUUGCCCUCUCGGAGACCGAAAACUGUUUGGAGACAAUGUUGGCGCUCUUGCAAGCUUUGGAUCGCCGCCUCUUGAUGGUAACUGCUCUCUCAUCGACUUUGAUGCCACCUUACCUAGGGCCGAGUGGACUCCGUGGCAGAAUUCAGUUCCUACAAUUGAGGUUAAUACACACUCCAUCACACAAACCGAUGUUGUUAUUCCCACCUUGGAUACUGUUCGUCACGAAGAUGUGCUCUACUCUUGGCUCGCAGAACAUAAGCCGCUUUUGCUCUGCGGCCCACCCGGUUCUGGUAAAACAAUGACCUUAUUCAGUGCGCUUCGAAAGCUGCCAAAUAUGGAAGUCGUCGGCCUCAAUUUCUCUAGUGCAACCACACCCGAUCUUCUCAUUAAGACAUUUGAGCAGUAUUGCGAGUACAAAAAGACACUUAAUGGCGUGAUGCUCUCACCAACCCAAAUUGGGCGAUGGCUCGUCAUCUUUUGUGACGAAAUCAAUUUGCCGGCACCGGACAAAUAUGGUACUCAACGAGCUAUUUCAUUCCUUCGUCAGCUAGUAGAGCACAAUGGCUUCUGGCGGACAUCUGAUAAGUCUUGGGUUACCCUUGAUCGGAUCCAAUUCGUUGGCGCUUGUAACCCCCCAACGGAUGCCGGCCGUACUCCCAUGGGCGCCAGGUUCCUCAGACACGCCCCUCUCAUCAUGGUUGACUAUCCAGGCGAGCUAUCCCUACUUCAGAUCUAUGGCACCUUCAACUCUGCUGUUCUCAAGGUCAUUCCGGCGCUUCGCGGAUACUCCGAGCCGCUCACUCAAGCGAUGGUUCGGUUUUACUUGGAGUCUCAACAACGCUUUACACCUAAAAUCCAGCCUCAUUAUGUCUACAGUCCUCGUGAGUUGACGAGGUGGGUACGUGGUGUAUAUGAAGCGAUUCGUCCAUUGGAAACACUCUCUGUCGAUGGAUUGAUCCGUAUCUGGGCACAUGAGGCGCUGCGACUCUUCCAGGAUCGUUUAGUCGCUGAAGACGAGCGAAAGUGGACCGACGACGCUGUGCGAAGAAUUGCAUUGGACUUAUUCCCUACGAUUGAGGAGGAUAAGGCAUUGGGCGGUCCAAUCCUGUUCUCUAAUUGGCUCUCGAAGAAUUACGUCCCUGUUGACCGAGAACAGUUACGAGACUUCGUCAAAGCUCGUCUCAAGACUUUCUGUGAAGAGGAGGUUGAUGUACCGCUCAUUCUAUUUAACGACGUCCUUGAGCACGUGCUCCGUAUCGACCGUGUCUUCAGACAGCCACAGGGACACUUAAUCUUGAUCGGUAUCAAGGUUCACGGAAACUACUCUGCCGAGGACUUUGACGAUGAUCUUCGCGAAGUUCUGCGCCGGUGCGGUUGUAAGGGCGAAAAGAUGUGCUUCAUCAUGGAUGAAUCCAAUGUCCUCGAUUCGGGAUUCCUAGAGCGAAUGAACACACUCCUUGCCAACGCCGAAGUCCCUGGUCUGUUCGAAGGGGAUGAUUUUGCUUCCUUGAUGACAGCCUGCAAAGAAGGUGCACAACGGCAAGGCUUGCUGCUAGACUCCCAAGAAGAACUCUAUAAGUGGUUCACCCAGCAGAUUGUCAAGAAUUUGCACGUUGUCUUCACUAUGAAUCCGCCCGAGGACGGAUUAUCCUCAAAGGCUGCUACCAGUCCUGCCCUGUUCAAUCGUUGCGUACUCAACUGGUUUGGUGAUUGGUCUGAUCAGGCUCUGUUCCAGGUUGCCAACGAACUGACCCAUUCCAUUGAUCUCGACAAGCCUGGUUUCGUAGCCCCUGACACUAUUCCAGUCGCUUAUCGUGGCCUUAGCUUGCCUCCCGCCCACAGAGAAACUAUCGUGAACUCGAUGGUCUACAUCCAUUAUUCUCUACAGCGUUUCAAUACCAAACUUCAGAAGCAACAAGGCAAGAUCACGUUCCUUACGCCCCGCCACUUCCUUGACUUUGUUGCGCAAUAUGUCAAGCUAUAUGAUGAAAAGCGAGAAGACUUGGAGGAACAGCAACGUCACUUGAACGUCGGCUUGGAUAAAUUGAGAGACACUGUCGAGAAAGUUCGUGAUCUCAGGGCCAGUUUAGCCGAAAAGAAGACUCAACUCGAAGCGAAGGAUGCUGAAGCUAACGAGAAGUUGCAACGCAUGGUGGCUGAUCAACGAGAGGCUGAACAGCGCAAGAAUACAUCCCUCGAGAUUCAGGCGGCGCUCGAAAUACAAGAAAAGGAGGUCGCAUCCCGCAAAGAGGUCGUCUUGAAUGAUCUCGCCAGAGCCGAGCCCGCCGUCGAAGAAGCCAAAGCUAGCGUUAGCAACAUCAAACGACAACACUUGACUGAAGUUCGGUCUAUGGGUUCGCCACCCCAGGGUGUCCGCCUUGCAAUGGAGUCAGUAUGCGCCUUGUUAGGUCACAAGAUCAACGACUGGAAGGGUGUCCAAGCUGUGGUACGUCGGGAUGAUUUCAUCGCGAGCAUUGUCAACUUCGACAACGAAAAGAUGAUGACGAAGUCUCUUCGAACCCUCAUGCGUACCAAGUUCUUGAACGACAAAGACUUUACAUACGACAAGGUAAACCGUGCCAGCAAGGCUUGCGGUCCCUUAGUGCAAUGGGUGGAGGCGCAAGUUAAUUAUUCCGAAAUCCUUGACCGUGUUGGCCCCCUACGAGAUGAGGUGGACCAACUUGAGGAGCAGGCCCUGCAGACAAAGGCUGAAGCAAAGGCUGUUGAAAACACUAUCACAAGCCUAGAGCAGAGUAUUGCGACCUACAAGACUGAAUACGCAGCUCUCAUUAGUGAAACCCAGGCGAUUAAGGCCGAGAUGUCUCGUGUUCAAUUCAAGGUAGACCGAAGUGUCAGACUUCUUGAUAGUCUCUCUUCAGAACGUACUCGUUGGGAAGAUGGAAGCAAGUCAUUCGAAACACAAAUCAGCACUUUGGUGGGAGACGUUCUUGUGGCCGCGGCUUUCUUAGCUUACAGUGGUCUUUACGACCAGACCUUCCGAAAGUCGAUGAUGGAAGAUUGGUUACAUCAGCUACAUCUUUCUGGGAUCAACUUCAAGACCCCCAAUCCUGUCACGGAAUCCUUAUCCACUGCCGAUGAGCGUCUUAGUUGGCAAGAGAAUACCCUACCAGUUGAUGAUCUAUGCACAGAGAACGCUAUCAUUCUCAAGCGAUUCAACCGUUACCCAUUAAUCAUCGACCCCUCGGGCAGAGUUACUGAAUUCUUACAGCGCGAAUGCAAAGAUCGCCGUCUUACUGUCACAAGUUUCCUAGACGACUCCUUCACUAAGCAACUGGAAAGUUCGCUCAGAUUCGGCAAUCCGAUUCUUAUCCAGGACGCCGAGCAUCUAGAUCCUAUCCUAAAUCAUGUCCUCAACAAGGAGUACCAGAGAACCGGUGGUCGUGUGCUCAUCCAACUUGGCAAACAACAAAUAGAUUUCUCGCCUGCGUUUAAGAUCUACUUGUCCACCAGAGAUCCCUCUGCCACAUUUCCCCCGGAUAUCUGCAGUCGAACUACCUUUGUCAACUUCACCGUCACACAAAGCAGUCUUCAAACUCAGUCCCUUAAUGAUGUACUGAAAUCUGAGAGACCAGAUGUUGACGAAAGAAGAUCAAAUCUCAUCAAACUUCAGGGUGAAUUCAAGGUUCAUCUUCGGCAGCUCGAAAAGCGUCUCUUACAGGCGCUCAAUGAGUCUCGUGGUAAUAUUCUUGACGAUGACCAUGUUAUCGAGACCCUCGAGACCCUCAAGACCGAAGCCGCCGAAAUCACGGCUAAGAUGAGCAAUACAGAAGGUGUCAUGGCCGAAGUUGAAGAGAUUACUUUGCAGUACAGCAUCAUUGCGCGAUCCUGCAGUGCUGUUUUCGCUGUCCUCGAGCAACUUCAUUAUCUCAAUCACUUCUAUCAAUUCUCACUGCAGUAUUUCCUCGACAUAUUCCAUUCUGUUCUUCACGGCAAUAAGAACCUAGCAGGUGUGAAAGACUUCAACGCUCGCCGAGAUGUCAUUAUCAAAGAUCUAUUCGUAACUACCUUCAAGAGGACUUCCCUAGGCCUAUUGCAGAAGGACCGAAUUACGCUGGCCAUGCUCCUCACCCAGGCUUCUCCUUACAAGAUGGACAAGAGUCUAAUCGAUGUCAUUCUCGACGAUCGUAUCGAGGGCAAGGACCUCUCCACCGAGACUGAUGCUAAGGAUGAGACGUUUGCCCAGGCUAGGAAGCUCGGCGCCUUGAAGGACAAGCUCGACCAAGUUCCAUCUGACGCAUGGGACAAAUUCUUCACGGAAGAAUUUGCGGAGAACUUUGUUCCCCAAAUCUGGGACUCAACCACUGAACCAUUCGACCAAGGUCUAUUCUCAUUAUUGUUGGUCAAACUAUUCCGUCUUGAUCGUUUUGUUCCGACUGCAGAGCGAUUUGUAACUUCGGUCUUUGGGACCGACUUGUUUGACAUUGUGGAUGAUCUCAAAGAGACUAUCAGCCAAGUUCCUUCCACUCGCCCUGUUUCACUUGUUUCAAGCCCUGGGUUCGAUGCAAGUUACAAGGUAGACAAUCUGGUAGAGAGAACGCGUGUCCGGUGCACCAACAUUGCUAUGGGAUCAAACGAAAGUCUCGCCAGCGCCGACAAGGCCAUUGCGAACGCAGCACAGGUUGGUUCCUGGGUGCUAAUCAAGAACGUCCACCUUGCGCCAACAUGGUUGCAGUCUCUAGAAAAGCGCAUGGAGUCUCUCAACCCACACUCGGAUUUCAGACUAUUCUUAUCCAUGGAGGCCAGCCUUAAGAUUCCCGUGAAUCUUCUUCGGGCAUCUCGGGUGCUCAUGUACGAACAACCAGCUGGUGUACGAGCCAACAUGAAGGAUUCGAUGACGUCUCUUUCUGACCGGGCCACCAAGAGCCCGGUGGAGCGGUCCAGGUUGUAUCUACUUCUCUCUUUCCUACAUGCUGUGGUUCAGGAACGUCUACGAUACGCACCCAACCUAGGGUGGAAGGGCUUCUGGGAAUUCAAUGACAGUGAUUAUGAGUGCUCCGCCUUCAUAAUCGACACAUGGGUGGAGUCGGUGGCACAAAGCCGCACAAACAUCAACCCGCAAAACAUCCCGUGGGAAAUUAUUCGUUACCUGGUUCGCGAGACGUAUGGCGGCAAGAUCGAUGACGAAGGUGAUUACAACCGUCUUACAGAAUUGGUCGAUCAAGCCCUCACGCCAUCUGCCUACGAUAUUGGACACAAACUAGUCGAAGGGACUGAGAAAGACGGAGAGGAAGCAUGCCUUGUGGUACCAUCUGGCACGUCACUGCCAGAUUUCAUGGCAUGGAUUCAGAAACUGCCGGAACGUGAGCCUCCAACUUACCUGGGUCUACCGGCCAACGCAGAGAAACUGCUUCUGGUUGGGCUGGGUAGAAGCCUGAUCGGGAACGUGAAGAAGGUGACUGAGUUGUUGGAUGAGGGAGAGCAGCUGGUGGCGGAUGAGGUUUGA